AUGGACUCGAGCUCGCUCGCCUCGGCGUCCGACUCGGGCCGCGACGAGCUAGAGUCCGUCUACCGCUGCGCCCACUGCCCGAAGGAGUACACUCGGCGCGACUAUCUGCAGAGGCAUGAACUGAACCACGUCCGCAGCAAGGACUCGCGGAAGAGGACUCGUCGGACCUCGCGUGAGGAUACAUUGCUCGCUGGCCCAAGUAGCCACCACUCCUCGGAUUCGGACGGGAUGGACGACGGGCAGAUGGAGAUGGGCCCGCCCACUUCGCCACAUGACCACCGGCUGGGAAGGCGUCUCGAUGGUCUCGAUGUCGAUGGCCAAAGCUCAUCCACAUUCAACAUGUCUCUGCCGCCAAUCAUGGUCACUCCUGAUAGCAUGGACGCUGUCGACCUGCCGCGCGUGGCGCCGCAUGAGCAAGCACCAGUCUCGGGAGGGAGUUGGAAUAGCCAUCGCCCAUCCGACACGUACGUAGAAUCUGGAAGGGCGUUGAGUUCCUUUGACUCGGUUCUCGCCGUCCAGCGACCGUCCGUUGACUACUUGACGCACAGCGAUAGCGGCCACAGCGUCGAUGCGGGUCCAGGCAUCCUGGUCCCUACCCCACCCAUGCCAGAGGUGCAGAUGGGCUUCGGCGACCCCACCAACGCUAAUAGCAUGGACCACCUGUUCAACUGGUUGUUCAGCAUGACGAACAUCGAGAAUGUCUCGACCAGAGGUCCAGUGGUUGGCCUGACUGGACUGGAAGCCAGUCAUGUCGAAACACAGUGGCUGUCUCGGGACGACCAGACGGCGGAUCAGCUCGUCCCCCGUCACUCUCGGAGCACAGUGCUUGAAUCACUCGAGUCAACCUCCCAGGAAGAUACCCGGCCCUCACCUACCCGCGCACCACACAGUGGCGGCCCGCCAUUUCCUUCAUUCCCGGAGACGUGGGACGAGGCUGGCUGGCGUCUACCUCCCCCUAAAGACCUCAUCGACGAGCAAGCCCGUUCAGAUAUGCGUGACCUGUUCGACGGCCCGGAACGCGAAUACUUCUCUACCUCAGCGUUCAGCAUUGCGCAGAUGAAGCUCUACCUGGAGCUAUAUUUCCUAAACUUCGCUCCGUUGUAUCCCAUCGUCCACCGCCCGUCUCUCGGAUACCGGCGUCUGCCGCCCGACCUCCUCCUCACAAUGCUCUGCAUCGGCACAGCGUUCGCCGACGACCGCGCCGGCUUCCGAAUUGCAAUGAAGAUACACAAGCGGCUGCGGAAUCGUGUCUUCGACAUGGCCGAGGCCGAGCCCCGCGCCCCGCCACAUACGAUUAUGACAAUCCUGCUCAUCAACUACUUCUCGCGCUCGUACUGUAGCGUCAAGGAACACGCUGUCGCACAGAUCUUCCACUCGUCCUCAAUAGUGAUGGCGCGCCUGGCCGGCUCGUUCCUCCCGACAUUCGCUCCGCACCCAAGCCCCGUCGCCUCAAAUCCCCUCGAUCACUGGCUGGCAUGGGUGGCCCAAGAGGAGCGGAAGCGCGUCGGGUGGCUCGCGUUCAUGAUGGACACCGAGAACGCUGCCCUCUUCCGACAUUACCUGAUCGUGCACUUCUUCUCCGUCCAGAUCGACUGGCCAUGCCAGGAAGACGUGUGGGACGCGCUUGACCCGUUUGCUUGGUCUACUGCGCAGAGGGUUACCGUGCAGCCCGCCUCCUUCCGUGCGACGCUGCACGAGAUCGCGGCGCGCGGAACUGUACCCCCCAACCUAUCCGAGACGCAUCUCUGGAUCACGCUGCAUGGUCUAGUCAGCGUUUGCUGGACCCUGCUGUGGCGAGACCUCGGCGACUUGAACAUGGUGCGCGAGACAAAGAUCUUGCGCUGGAAGAGCCUCCUGUGCCGCGCGUUCGAAUCUUUGCGCCAGCAUGUCAGCCUUCCGGCACGGAGCGGCGAGGAAAUCGACAGACCCAUCUUCUGGUCGGGUGUGCCGCUUGCGCACCUCGGCUGUAUCCUACUUCUCACGGAUACAGAGGCUGUGCGAAUCUACGCUGGCGCAGGAAAUAUCGCUGGGCGACCAGUUCUCAGCGGCGAAUGGGUCAACGCCAACACCUACGUUUCUCAGUGGGCACGCAGCGAGGACGGGACGUACAGCUGUGCGACGGCGAUUGAGCUCCUAACGCAGCUGUUCAAGUGGUCCCACGAGGUACGAUUCCAAACCGCCCCGAGCCUUGUCCCGUGGUGUAUUUACAUUGCCUCGCUUGUAAUCUGGGCGUACUCGACAUCACUCGAUGGACCAGUAGCCUUUGACGCACCGUACAUCAUCCGCGCGUCGCCAGGAGCCGACGGCCUAGAUGAGGACAUCAAAAUCGAGCCCUCGCUCGCACGCCGCGACGCGCUCGCGUACCUCUCGCGCAUGGGGGUUGACGCUGCUGACCUGCCCCACACAAGAGGCAAGAACCGCUGUGACGGAAUUCUGGCGUACUCGGCGUAUCUGCUCGGCACACUGGGGAGGGGGAUCAUGGACGAGUCGAGGGGGGUAUUGCUAGGUGUGCUUGCUGGAGGGCCCAGUUCGUUGUAA